CGUUGUUUUUUUGCCAUAUUCAGCCUAAAGCCAUGGUACAGGCUAGCCAAAAUGGAUCCGCCAACGGGCAUGCCCCUCGUGUCGAAGCGUGACGCUCGAGCUCGUAAGCUUCGUCAAUUUGAACAACAUUUGGAGUUACUGAAGAAUAUCGAUGAUGAGAUAAGCCGGUUGAAACAGGACUUGUACCCACAAAUUACUGGGGCACUUGCUACCGUGGAACAAGUGAGAACUCAGGUAGGCGAUUUACAAGCCUGCCUGAACAGAAAAGAUACGGAUGUUGAAGCCCUUUACCAGUAUCUGGAGAGCAUCUUUCAGAUGCUACAAAUCGCUUUAUGUGGGCCGAGUGUGCAAACCCAUUCUGUAUUGGGCAGGUUUGAAACUGUCGUUAAUGCGACGGAGCAAAAGGCGUCUCAGCUAGCGGAACUUGUUCAAAAGUUACGUUUAACUUACGAACAGUUAGCUUUGGUGCGUCAGAGGAGCAGUGAGGAAAAAGAAACGUACACUGUGCUUAGUACGGAACUAUUAGCAAAGCAGAUAGAACUUGAAGAUCUCAACGCUCAACUCGACUGCGAAAAAUCCACUGCUAACGCAAAGAGACAGCGGCUUCAACAACUCAAGGAUGACAUAUCUGUGAAAGAAAAACUCGAGUCCGAGCUCAAAUCUGAGCUAGCCAAAGGGUAUGCUAACGAGGAGCGCCAGGAACGAGAAGCCGUAGAAAAGAAAGCAGAAUUCCUUCAAAAGAUCAAAGAAGUACGCGAACAGGCGAUAACUGUGAUACAGAAUGGCGACGGUGAAACGAACCGGCUCAUCGAAGAGAUCUGUUCCAAGCAAUACGAUCUUUUUGAUCAACGGAACAUCCUUCGGGAACGGCAGGCCCACCUCAAGCUUUUGGUUGAGACGCUAACGCUGCGAAAUAAAGAAAAAGUCCAGCUGGCUGCUGUAGCUGAACGCGAAAAAGACCGCACAGAGACCCUAGUCCAUCAUUUCGGCAUCCUUCAAGAAACUGCGAAUAGUUUGGCGAGCCACGUAAAAGCAUUCAUUGAAGCUACCAAUGAGCUUAGAAAAGACGCUGAACCCGCAUUUAAAUACAUAGAUGAGGCUAUGGCGGGUCUAAAAGCCACCUACAGCAGCAGUUCGGAUAGCCAGUCACAGGUAGACGAACACACCGAGAAAUAUGGCACCACCAACCUUAAUAUUCAGGCAAUGGACGCGCUCACGACAGAACUCCAGAGUAGUCGGCAGCUCUUGCAGGAUUUGCUGGAAAAUGCUGCUACAAUGGUUAAUGAUGCUACCGCAAAGAAGACUCUUCCAUCGAGUGUUCAGACACAGCUUGAGGGCCCGGUCGUAGCAGAUAUGGUUAAAAAGAAAGAGGAAUAUAGGCGCCUUACUGCCGAAGUUCAUGAUCUCCGAAAUCGUCUUAUCGUUACUAAGCCUGAAUUAGGAUAAUGCUCGAGAAAGAUCGAGCGAAAAUAGGGAUGCAGACGACACCCUAUGCCAUUGAGAGGGUAUCGACAAUGCCUUUUCAAAUUGACCGCUUGAUUAUGUUAAUUUUUACAGACUAUUAAUUUCCUACGGAACCAUAACCACAUCUUGGUGGGUGCGUGUUGAAUAACUAUAUAGAGAUAGGUGACUGGAGGGAUUAUACUGGCGAAAACUUCGGAAAGUAACCAGUGAAUGGCACCAAAGUUUCUGCAUAGACUUAUUACAUUCAUUACCCGAAGCUAGUGGAAGUAAACGCGUACUUUUAUAGAUACCUAUCGCUUAAGAAGGACGGUAUUGUUAAACGUGUGAGUUGAACGAGGAAAAUUGGAUAAUUUUAUGGGAAGAAGAACCUUCAUUAGCUGCAUCGAGAAGUUAAUAUCGUGCUGGCGUAGUUGAUAUUCUUCAGUUCUUGAUACUUUAUAGAUUCUUUCCAGGAGCUAUUCGCGUUUUGACUUAACCAGCUUACAUUUUAAUUAGCUAACCAGCUCGCUAAUUACGAAAUUUCUGCCGAUCUAUGCCUUCCCGCUAAGUUUUUGUGGCAUUUUUGUGGUGAUGUAUACAG